GGCAGAUCAUGGAAAACGAUUCAAGCUCAUUUGAAGAUCGACUUCGAAUAAACCAAAAACCUAGUAAUGCAAUAAUAGAUCCCGACUCAGACGAUGAAGAAUCUUAUGAAUACUGCGGAAUCUGUCAGUCUAUGUCACCACGAUAUCAAUGUCCUCGGUGCAACGUACAAUAUUGCUCUCUAAAAUGCUACAAGGAUGAAAAACAUGCAGAAUGCACCGAAAAGUUUUACAAAGCGCUUGUCCUGGACGAAGUCAAUAGCAACAGGCCGCUACCGUCUGAAAACAAUCAAGCAUUCCUGCAGCGACUUCGAGCAUUGGAACAAGACAACGAUGGGCUCUUAGACGAAGAUGAUGAAGGAGAUGAAGAUGAUGAUGCAGAAACGGAUCUAGAAAGAAGAUUUGCUGAUUUGGAUGUGGAGAACGCCGACGUGCAGGCCCUAUGGAGUCGACUCUCGCCCGAGGAACAACAAAAUUUUAUGCAGUUGGUCAGUUCAGACGAUUCCAGGUUGCCAGAGAUUUUGGGAAAAUACGAUCCUUGGUGGGAAACGCCUAUGCAGCUGGUGAAUGAAAUUGAUGCUCCAUCUCACCCAGCCCACGUCCCUCCUCUUCCAAAGGAAUUGCCAGAUUUCAAACGCAUGUCCCAGCAUUCCCCAUCACUUCCUCUACUGCUUAAUCUACUUCAUUCUGUUAUGGUAUAUACCCAUAUGCAGCGACAUACCCUAGGAGGACUCCAGGAUUCAGAUCUGUUACAAGACAAUAUUGCAUAUUUUGGCAAAUUAUCCGGGGAUGUUCUAUGCUCUAACGCCCGUCAAUUUGUAUUCCACAAUUUGAAAGAUGUAGCAAUACACUUCACCAGCUGCGUGGAAACGCCGGACAAAGGGGGCUCCCAUCCAUAUACUCUGGGUAUGCAGCUCAUCAAAGAAGCCAUGUCCAUAUUCGAACAACCAAUGUAUUUAAAGGCAACCAUGGCCGAUUUGUUUGCUUUUACGGUCUCUGCGUCUAAAGCACCGGUUCGCAACAAAAGUACGAGAAAUUCGCGUAUUAGAACGAUGCACAAAGUCAACUUUUAUUUGGCAGCAGCACUGGAAAUAUCCGACCCAUGGAAACAUGAGUAUGAUGGACUUAAACAAGAGAUACGUGAUGAUGCAGCCGUCUCUUUGCAGUAUCUUGCCGACGAACUGAGCAGCAUGGGAAAGCUACAAGAAGCAGCCAAGUACUAUCGCCAAAACAUGCCCUGAAGUUGGGGAAUCUUUUAAUUAUGAACUUUACUAUAGAACAUUGAUAAUUGUACAUCAGAAACGCAGCACAUUAACGAAACUGUAAUUAUUGACAUUGCAAUCGAGGCUUCUAAAUGCCUUUUGUACACAAUCACUAAAACAUGCAAUGAAAUAAAAUAGAAGCUAU